UUGUUGGCCCUUUAAAAGUGUCACGCACUGGGUGGUUCAGUUAUACCACUAAAGCCAUAAUCUUUAAGAGUCUCUCUGUAAACUUCUCUCUGAGAGUCUACAAGAAAUUAGACCAAUUCUUAUUAUUGAUUAUUUUUUAUUCUUAAUUAUUUUCUUCUUCUUCUUCUGCCAAUCAGCCACAUUUCCUUUCAUUUCCUAUACCUUCACAAAUUUUCAGUUUGUUUUCGUCCAAAUGCUGAUGAAAUUGGCAGGAAAAUUGAUAUGGCAAUUGGGUUUGUCACUUUUCGUUCUGUCUAGUCUUGCUUUUGCUGAAGAUCCUUAUAGGUUCUUCGACUGGAACAUUACAUAUGGUGAUAUAUAUCCUCUCGGUGUUCGUCAACAGGGAAUUCUCAUAAAUGGUCAGUUUCCGGGGCCUGAUAUAUACUCGGUCACAAAUGAUAAUCUGAUUAUAAAUGUCCAUAACAGCUUGCCUGAGCCUUUUCUCAUAUCCUGGAGUGGUGUGCAACAGAGGAGGAAUUCUUACCAAGAUGGAGUUUAUGGAACAACAUGCCCAAUUCCACCAGGCAAGAACUUUACCUACACUCUUCAGGUCAAAGACCAAAUUGGGAGUUUCUACUAUUUCCCAUCUUUGGCCUUCCACAAAGCUGCUGGUGGGUUUGGAGCCAUUAGAAUCCUCAGCAGGCCUAGAAUUCCAGUCCCAUUCCCUGAUCCAGCUGGGGAUUACACUAUUCUUAUUGGUGAUUGGUAUAAGACUAACCACCAGAGGUUGAAGGCCAUUUUAGAUGGUGGUCAUAGGCUUCCAUUUCCAGAUGGUGUUCUAAUCAAUGGCCGUGGAAACAACGAUUCAACUUUUACAGUUGAACAAGGUAAAACUUACAGGCUUAGGAUAUCAAACGUGGGACUUCAGAAUUCACUCAAUUUCAGAAUUCAAGGCCACCAGAUGAAGUUGGUUGAGGUUGAAGGGACCCACACUGUCCAAACGACCUAUUCGUCCCUUGAUGUCCACGUGGGCCAGUCUUACUCUGUGCUUAUCACAGCAGAUCAAGCACCCCAAGACUACUACAUUGUGGUUUCGACCCGGUUCACAAACCGAGUACUCACAUCCACCGCAGUCCUUCACUAUAGCAACUCUGCCCGUCGAGUCUCUGGCCCAAUUCCUGGUGGGCCCACCCAAAUCGAUUGGUCCAUAAACCAGGCCCGUUCCAUUAGGACCAAUUUGACAGCAAGUGGACCAAGACCAAACCCACAAGGCUCAUACCACUAUGGUCUAGUAAACGUAAGCAGGACCAUAACGCUAGCAAGCUCAGCAGCCCAAGUUAAUGGGAAACAGAGAUAUGCACUGAAUAGUGUGUCAUUUAUCCCAGCUGAUACGCCACUUAAGCUUGCGGAUUACUUCAAGAUUGGUGGUGUUUUCAAAGUUGGAAGCAUCCCAGAUAGACCUAGUGGCCAAAAAAUGUACCUUGACACAUCGGUUAUGGGUGCUGAUUUUAGGAGCUUUAUUGAGAUUGUGUUUGAGAACCAUGAGAACAUCGUUCAGAGCUUGCACCUUGAUGGAUACUCCUUCUGGGUUGUCGGAAUGGAUGGAGGACAGUGGACACCAGCAAGUAGAAAUGAAUACAAUCUUAGAGAUGCAGUUUCAAGGUGCACCACACAGGUAUAUCCAAAGUCUUGGACAGCUAUUUAUGUGGCACUGGACAAUGUUGGAAUGUGGAAUGUUAGGACUGAAUUUUGGGCACGGCAAUAUCUAGGGCAACAAUUUUAUCUUCGAGUGUAUUCACCUGUGGAGUCAAUUAGAGACGAAUACCCUAUACCAAAGAAUGCUCUCCUCUGUGGCAGGGCUUCUGGCAAGACCACCAGACCGUAAUACGAUCACUACAAAAAUUUAACCUUUUAACCCCCCAAUUCAACGCCUUCUCAUUCUUUCCUUUGUUACAAAAAAUAAGAAAAGAAGAAAAUUAAUUUCAUUUGUUCCUGUAAUUCUCUGAAAGUUAAUACAUAUAUAUAUAUAUAUAUAUAUAUAUAUGUUUGGCAAUAAAUUGCAGCAAUACUAUUCCGUAUUUUCUGUGAAUUGUUUUUCAAAUGUUUGUGUUUUCGAUGUUUAAUUAGCUUUAGAAGCUAAAAGUCUUGCUUAGCUUUAUAAAGCCUACUGGAAAAUUUUGGAUUGGGAUGAUAUUCACAAAGCAUUUGGGGUAGUGAAGGUUAUUAUUAUUAUUAUUAUUAUUAUUUUUCUGGAAUCCGUUUAUUAUGUAAAGAAGAAAAUUGGAUUAUAAAGAGUUAGUUUGAAAAAAGUAUUGUUUCUUUA